GACGCGGGGGGUCGGCGGACGCCUCCGCUGACUCAGUCGGCGGAGCGGGAGGUGCGCGGCGCAGGUGAGCUGACUGUCCGGACACCCAACGGUCGGCACCACGGCGGCCGCGGCGGAGGCGAACGGCGGCGGGGGCGGGGACCCAGGGCCGCGGCGAGGCGGCGCUAGGAUCUGCCCGGCGAGGUGGCCAGGAACAUGUCAUCCUCGUGAACACGCUUCCCCCGGACCCCUCUUCUUCCCUGACCCUGGUCCUCGACGGCGUCGUGGUGAGGAGAAGCGAGCAACCGUCUACUCCACCUCGCCCAUCAUGUCUGCCGCCACAGCUGCAGCUGCCGCUCGGUGCGUCCCGCUCCGGGCGUCCCCGCCGGAGACCGCGAAGUCUUCCGCUUCCGUGCGCACCUCCUCGGCCGCCUCUGCAUCUGCUCCCCUCCGCGCCGCCGCCGUCGCCGCGGGACCUGGCCGCCGGCUCCCGGCGCCGCCGCUCCGGUGCUCCUCCUCGUCGCCGGAGAACUCUGCCCCGCCGGAUCUUGGCUUGCUUCUGGAGGUGGAAGGAGUUCUUGCAGAUGUCUACCGUUUCGGCAAUCGCCAAGCUUUCAAUGUAGCAUUUCGAAGCCUCGGGCUAGAUUGUGCAAAUUGGACAGAGCCAAUAUAUGCUGAUUUGGUGAGGAAAGCUCGUGGUGAUGAGGAAAGGAUGUUGGCAGUAUUCUUUGACAGGAGAAAGGGGUCAGAGGGCAGUGGAGCAGAGACUGGCAGAGAAGCUGGCCGCGGUCAGGAAUACGGAGGGCACGCCUCCGCCGAAGCAGCAGCGGGAGGACGCGGAGGAUUUGGCACCUGUCAACACUGCAGAGUUGCAAAUUACACAAGUAGUAGAAGAAGCACAGUGGAAUUCACAACCGAACCUCCGAUCCAUGCAUAUACAACGAUGAGGAAAGCAAGAUACGAAGGAAAGACCUGACGAAGCCGACGUGAUUCAGUCGAUGACUUCAAUCCCAAGCGUGGCGAUCGCUGGAAGACGGAGGUGGAUCGCGCGACCUAGCCGAUAUAGCUGCGUCACCCAGCCGGCCGGGCGCCAGUUGUAGGAGGUGGAAAUUGUGUAUUCAAAAAUUCGAUUGACGGGAGUUUUUUUAGUAUUGACGGAAAAUUUCGAUUGACGGGAGGCUAAAUUCGAUUCACGGGAGGCUGAGGAGAGGUUCAGGUUUUUAGUAA